AUGGAUCUCAGUAUACAUGUAGAUGAAGAAGGAGGGUUGGAGCAGAGAAGCAAGCAGCAAACAUCGAUAAUAGCAGAAGGAAUGUCAAGAUUGGAACAAUCCAUGCAUCCUACCUUCAUGGAUGAUGAAUUAUAUAAUGCAGUAAAGGAAGGCAAUGUUGACAACUUCCUUGAAGCCUCGAUAACGGUUUCAAAAAAUCCAUCUCUGCAUUCCAUCUUUGAUAAAGCAGGCCCCUCGCAGAAUUCAUUGCUUCAUAUGGCAGUAAAUUUCAAAAAGGAAGAUAUUGUAGAAUUUAUUGCCCGUCAUCGUCCAGAAAAUAUUUACAGGGAGGAUAUGCAAGGCAAUACUGCUCUGCAUUUUGCUGCUAGAGUGGGAAUUCUGAAGACCGUACAAAUUCUUCUAAGGUAUGCACACAGGAGACAAGAAUUAGUGAGGAAGAAGAAUAAUCUUGGAAACACUGCUUUGCAUGAGGCUGUGAUGAAUCGUCACCCUAAAGUGGCUGAAUUCUUGAUUGAUGUAGAUCAAGAAGUAUGGUAUUGUGAAAACAAGGAAGGCUGGUCUCCACUGUGUAUGGCAAUCAAAACUGGAAAUAACCAGAUUCUUUGUUUACUAUUGGAAAAGCAACCUCAAGAAGCCCGUUAUGGCUAUAAACUUUCAAGUUUACAAGGAAAAUCGCCAGCUCAUGUUGCCAUAAACGAAAAAAAAUUAGGUAUUUCUUCGCAGGAAUCACAGUUCUCUUCUUUCUAUAUAGAGUAG